GUGUUGCAAGUGUGUGUGGAAUAUUAACAUUGAAAGUCCAUCUGUUUUCACAGGUACAACAGGAAGGCCAAAAACUAACAAUGGAAGGGACGUUUCAACGCCGAAACUCUGGGAAGGAUGUCAUGACUCACUCCUAUCAGAACUCAGGUCUCAGCGCAGAGGAUAUCGCCAUGGAACCUACAGCAAAGACAGACCCAGAGAGUGGUAUUCACGGCAAUGUAGACAGACUUAACUCAUCAUUCCCGAGCAGCGAUCCACCAAGUUAUCACGAAGAAGAAAUCGACGAUGAGGCAGAAGAGGAAGAGGACCAGAACAGAUGCAUGAGAGCUGUGUCAAAGGUUUCAGACGGUAUCGCUAAGUUCGUGACGGAACACAAAGUAGUUAUCCGGAGGACCGUCUACGCCAUCCUGUGCCUCGGGUACCUCGCCUUCCUCAUCGCCGCCUGCGUCAUCAACUUCUGCCGUGCGUUCGCGCUCCUCAUCAUCACUUUGGUGGUCCUGGUGUUUGUUGUGUACGGACUCAUCCGGGACCGCUGGGGGAAGACUAUCUACAAGUCCUGUCUCAAACCUGCGGCUGGCUGCUUCAUGAAAGUCUGGAAGUAUGCCAAAUGGAUCGUUUACUUGGGCAUUCUGGUGGGCAUUGGACUUUUCCUGGGUUUGGAAACUGGAAAGCAGCCUGAUCAACUCAUCUCUCUGGUCGGGUAUCUCGGCAUCAUCCUCUGUCUCUUCAUCUUUUCCAAGAGUCCUGGAAAGGUGAAAUGGCGGCCAGUACUGUGGGGCCUGUCGCUUCAGUUCGUGCUGGGGUUGUUCGUGUUGCGCACAUCUGUUGGGUACGACGUGUUCAAGUUUCUGGGCGACAAAUUCCAGGGAUUCCUGGCAUUCACAGACGAUGGGACGUCCUUUGUUUUCGGCACAAGCCUGGUUGUGACAAGCAACACCGCUAACCUGAGCCAGAUCACAUCUUUCUCAGACCUGACCGUUACAGAGGCCUAUCUUGUGCACAACUUUGUAUUCCAGGUUCUCCCAAUCAUCAUCUUCUUCAGCACGGUGAUGUCCAUGCUGUACUAUCUGGGCUUCAUGCAGAUCGUCAUCAUCAAGAUCGCCUGGAUCAUGCAGUUCACUCUGGGCACGUCAGGGCCGGAGUCAAUCAGCGCGGCAGGAAAUAUUUUCGUCGGCCAGACGGAGGCUCCCCUGUUGGUCCGCCCCUUCCUCCCCACCAUGACCAAGUCCGAGCUCCACGCGGUGAUGACCGGAGGGUUCGGCACCGUGGCCGGCAGCGUGCUGGGAGCCUUCAUCUCCUUCGGCAUCAACCCGUCCCACCUGCUGGCCUGCUCCGUCAUGGCGGCCCCCACCGCCCUGGCCAUCUCCAAGCUCGUCUAUCCAGAGACAGAGAGGAAGCGGACGAAGAAGGACGAACGUCUUCAAAUCGAAGUUUCACAGGAGAGGAACAUGCUAGAAGCAGCAGCCUCCGGCGCGUCCGUAGCCGUGACACUCGUCGCUAACAUCGUGGGGAACAUCAUCGCUUUCAUCGCACUGCUGGGCUUCCUCAACACCGUGCUGUCGUGGCUGGGAGGGAUGGUCGACAUCCCCAACCUGACGUUUGAGACUAUCUGCUCGUACGUGUUCAUGCCGCUUGCCUACGUCAUGGGUGUUCCGUGGGAGGACUGUCCGAUAGUCGCCGAGCUGCUGGGCAAGAAGAUCUUCAUCAACGAAUUCGUCGCCUACCUGGACCUGGCUGACAUAAUCGCCGCCAAGAGACUAACGGCUCGAUCAGAAGCCAUCGCGACCUACGCCCUGUGCGGGUUUGCCAACUUCAGCAGUAUCGGUAUCCAGCUUGGCGGGCUCGGGCCCAUGGCUCCCGCCAGGAAGGGCGACCUGGCCGAGCUGGCGCUCAGGGCCAUGAUCACGGGCGCCUUAGUCAGCGCCCUGAACGCCUGCAUGGCAGGACUCUUAUACCAAGAGGCGACCAUUGCUGUCCUCCCGACAGCAGCAGUGAACACCACCAUGGGGUACCUGAACAUGACAACUCCUGCACCACCAGCCUGUGCCUAUGCUGGCACUCUUCUGGACUGUAUGUGUUAAAUAAAUAUUCUCAAAGCUGUUGCUUUUCUCGAGCUCAGCUUAAACUAUUAAGUACAGUAGUGUGUCCACACACACAGUGCUUCAAAUCAAGAAUGCAAAACUGGAAAGUAUGUGAUAAUCAUUCAAUAGAUGUACAGGCACAAACCAUGCAAUAUGCUAGCAUGCUUAGCUUUGUAUACAACUAUACAACUAUACAUGUAGCGUUAUGUACAUACAGCUAGCUGCUUUAAUUUUGCAUAUCAUUGCAAAAAAAAAAAUUUGCAUUAGAUAUGUCUAUUGUACAGUCAUCAAAGUAUGUUAUGUCUGAUCUUGAUAUUGAGAACCCAAGUACUCUGUUGUCUGAGGAUGUUUGUGCUAAAACGUGUUUACC